AUUGAACCCUUUACAUACGACACUAUCCACAAUGAGACCUGCUACUCGAUUCAGUGGUGCUCUUGCCCGCCAGGCUGUUCGCACUCCGCUUCGAGCUCAAUCGCGUGCCAAUGGCGUCAUCGGCAGAGCUUCAGCCGCUUCCUACCCCGUUGCCAACAAGGCCGCGGCCAUUCGCUCUUUCCACUCCUCUAUGAACGUCAGGAGUAUCAUGCCCGACGCCGAGAACCCUGCGCCGAAAGAGAGCGAGAGCCAUGACGAGCCUGGCAAGGUGACGGAGCUGUCGACGGAAGAAUUCCAUGAGCGCGCCGACUACUACCUCAACGAGCUUGUAGAGAGGCUGGAGGAGGCACAGGAGAAGGACCCGCAAAUCGAGGUCGAAUACUCGGCUGGUGUUCUCGAAGUCAAGGCCAAAGAGCACAGUUACGUGCUCAACAAGCAGCCCCCGAACAAGCAGAUCUGGCUCAGCUCGCCCAUCUCCGGACCGAAACGAUUCGACUGGGUCGUCGCACAGGAGGGCAUGGACUUCAAGGAGGGCACCGGCCAUGGUGACUGGGUAUAUCUGAGGGACGGCAGCUCGUUGACUGAGAUUCUCAGGAAAGAGCUGGGCGUGGAUGUUGGUGUAGACGAUGACGUACCGCGCUGAUACUACGCGAGAUGGGAUUAUGAGCCAUGUUUGAAAAAAGAAAGUAUUUGCUUCCACCGGCGAGUGCGAGGUAUCGACGCAUGUUCCGUGUUUCAUAGCAAAAUGACGACGGCGAAUUGGCGACAUGCCACUACUGCGCUCUCC